AUUUUCUUAUGUUUCGUAUUCUCAUUUCAUUUUCUUAACAUUUCGCUUUUUAUUGUCAUUUUUUCGCCUGCGCUACAAUAAAAUAUUUCUUAGCAAUGCAUAAACAUUAAGAAAGACAAGAAAUGUUAGGAGCCUUUUCUACAUAAUGCACCAAAAAAUGACUACAAGAAGAGUUGUUCAGUUCCAUCAAAUUCCUCAAACUAUCAUAAAUUCUCUGAACUGGCCACAAAAUUCACCCACCCAUUUGAACCCACAAUUUGUAGCUAAACCUCCUUCAAUCUUAGCUACUGAUCUCAUAAUGUCAUAUUUUGAUAAGGGGUUGCUUAAAGAAGCUCGAGUACUGUUCGAUGAAAUGCCUGAACGAGACGUGGUUGCUUGGUCUUCUAUGAUCAGUGGAUACACCUCGUGCAACCACUAUAAGCGUGCUUGGACAACGUUCUACGAGAUGAUGAGGGAUGGUGUCAACGUGCAACCUAACCAGUUCACGUUCUCUAGCGUACUUAAGGCUUGUAAAGGCAUGCGGUCGCUGUCUUGUGGUGCAUUGACUCAUGGAUUGGCUCUUAAGCAUAGCAUGCAUGGGAAUUUGUACGUUGAUAAUGCGCUCAUGGACAUGUAUGCAACGUGUUGUGAUGGUAUGGAGGAUGCAUUCAUGGUUUUUGAGGAGAUAAAGGUUAAGAAUGCGGUGUCAUGGACUACAUUGAUAGCUGGUUACACUCACCACGGCGAUGGUCAUGGAGGACUUCGAAUUUUUAAACAAAUGAUAUUGGAGGAGGCUGAACCAAAUCCAUACAGCUUUUCAAUUGCUGUUAGAGCUUGUGCCUCAAUUGGCUCACAUGUUUAUGGAAAGCAGAUACAUGCUGCAGUGGUGAAGCAUGGAUUUGAAUCCAGUAUUCCUGUAAUGAAUUCAAUAUUAGAUAUGUAUUGCAGCUGUAGUCAUUUGAGUGAAGCAGAUCGAUGUUUUCAUGGAAUGCCUGAGAGAAAUAUAAUCACAUGGAACACUUUGAUUGCGGGACAUGAAAAGUCUGAUCCCCACGAGUCUCUCAACCACUACAGUCUUAUGGAGUCUGAAGGUAUCACUCCAAAUUGCUUUACUUUUACUAGCAUUAUAGCCGCUGCAGCUAACAUGGCGUUAUUGAGUUUUGGAGAACCGGUUCAUGGUAAAAUUUUAAGAAGAGGACUAGGAAAUGACUUAGCAGUAGCUAAUGCUUUGAUAGACAUGUAUGCGAAAUGUGGAAGCAUUGUGAAUUCGUUCAAGAUUUUCAAUGUAAUGUGUGAUAAGGAUAUCGUUUCAUGGACCUCUAUGAUGAUUGGAUAUGGUAGCCAUGGGUAUGGAAAAGAAGCUGUUAAACUGUUUGAUCAGAUGAUUCAUUCUGGAAUUAGGCCCGAUAGAAUCGUGUUUGUGGCAGUUCUGCAUGCGUGUAGCCAUGCUGGACUAGUCAAUGAGGGUUUAAGGUAUUUCAAAUCAAUGUUAAGUGAUUAUAAUAUCACCCCGGAUCAAGAUAUUUAUGGGUGUGUUGUGGAUUUGCUAGGACGUGCUGGGCGAGCUAAAGAAGCUUAUGAAUUGAUAGAAUCUAUGCCAUUUAUGCCUGAUGAGUCCGUUUGGGGAGCAUUUCUUGGAGCCUGUAAAGCGCACAAGCUUGCAGUGUUGGGAAAAUUAGCAGCAAGCAAGGUAUUAGAUUUGAGGCCAAACGUUGCAGGGACGUAUAUGAUGUUGUCAAACAUAUAUGCGUCUGAUGGUAAGUGGGGAGAUGCUGCCAAAAUGAGGAAAUUAAUGAGAAGAAUGGUGAAUAAGAAAGAGCCAGGGAGAAGUUGGACUGAGGUGAGGAAUCAAAUCUACAGUUUCGUUGCGGGAGAUAAGUUGGGUUCCCAUGUCGAGUGGGUCUAUGAAGUUGUCGAUAGUCUCGUUCUGCAUAUGAAAGAAGUAGAAUGUAAUCUUGAUUUACAUUGCUUAGUACAUAACUUAGAAGAUGGAACUUGAAGACGAGCUGCCAUUGAGAAGUAUAUGAUAGUGUCAAGCGUCAAACAAAUUUCGGAUUUAGUUAUAUUUAUUUCGACUAGCAUCUGGAGCAAGACGAAUUAAUCCGAAUAUUCGAUAUUCGGAUGAAUGAAAUGACAAACUGAUCUUUUGUUGUAAUUGUAAAUUUAACAUGCAAUGUAAUUUUUAUUUAUAUUUGUAUUCAGUAAUAAUGAAGCGACAAUGUAAUUAAACAUUUAAAAAUUUUGUAGUCACUUCAAUUUUAUAUAAAGACAAUGUAGUUUCUUUA